AUGUCCCACAUAUCGUUCUCGAAUCUCGAGAAUCGGUCCGAUCAUAACAAUAAUGCUCCUCGCGACUCCCUAGAACUCGCCUCGCUCGCCUCGUCGUCUCCCGAAUCCGGGGACAGAUCGUCCCGUUCCUCCUCCCCCUCGGGCAUCUCCUCCUCGCGCAAACUCUCCCUCGAAGAUGAAGACCCCCUCUCGGGCUCGCAUUUGCAUGCGGGCCUGGAGUCUCAGAGACCGAGGUCCGCUCGCUCAUACUCGGUGUCAUCGGCGUUUGAUUUCGGCUCGGCGUUGUUCCCUUUGUCGCAGACAAACGGAGGAUAUGCUCCCCUAGGUGCCCCGUCGAUGAUUGACCGAGAGGCGGGAUUGGCCGACGGAUCGUUAGAAAGAAACAAGACGCUGACCUACCUGAAUGGCCUGUCGCUGGUGGUUGGGCUGAUCAUUGGUUCCGGCAUUUUCUCGUCACCUAGCCAGGUGAAUGCUAAUGCGGGCUCUCCGGGCGCAUCACUGAUCGCAUGGGCCGUCGCGGGCCUCCUAGCCUGGACAGGAGCCGCCAGUUAUGCGGAACUCGGUGGAGCGAUUCCCCUGAAUGGUGGUGCUCAGGUCUACCUGUCCAAGAUUUUUGGCGAGCUGGCGGGGUUUCUUUUUACCUGGUGCGCAGUUCUGGUGCUUAAACCCGGCAGUGCGGCUAUCAUUGCCAUCAUCUUCGGGGAGUAUGUUGUACGCGCCGUGGUUGGAGCGGAUGCGGACCAGCUCAGUCCUUGGAUCAAUAAAUCAGUGGCGUUUGGUGGCCUCUUUGCCGUAACGCUGCUCAACUGCAUCUCGACCCGGGUCGCAACGCGCGUUAGCGAUCUUCUCAUGUUUUUCAAGUUCAUCGCCCUGAUUGCAAUUACUGUCAUCGGCAUUAUCGUUGCUAUCACCGGGUUCUCUUCCAGCGGAAGCGCUAGCGAAGAAUGGAAGUCAGGUUGGUUUCAGGACACCAGCGUGGACGUGUCUGCUUGGGCGGUGGCCCUGUAUGCGGGCCUGUGGGCUUUUGAUGGUUGGGACAACACGAACUUCGUUACGGGUGAAUUCAAAAACCCUAAUCGGGAUCUCCCGCGCGUGAUCCAUACCGCCAUGCCACUGGUUAUUCUCUUUUACCUGUUGGCCAAUGUCUCUUACUUCUUGGUGCUGCCGCAUUCGACCAUUGAGGCUAGUAACACCGUCGCGGUCCAGUUCGGCCAAAAGGUGUUUGGAAGCGUCGGCGCCCUUGUGUUUGCCCUGAUUGUGUCCGCGAGUUGCUUUGGCGCUCUGAAUGCCACGGUGUUUACCAGCGGGCGAUUAGUAUAUGCAGCCGGCAAAGAAGGCUAUUUGCCGUCCGUGUUUGGCAAUCUGUGGACUCGAGGCGGUCCAACCAGUGGCGCAACCAACCGCCUUCAACAUCGCUCGUGCGCCAGCAAAAUGAUGACACGGAUCUGCGGGGAGAAUACCCGUCUGGGAUACACUCCCAUCAACGCAAUGGCGUUGAAUAGCGCCCUCACAGUCGUCUACGUUGUCGUUGGCGAAUUCAAGACCCUCGUGACGUUCUAUGGAGUAGCGGGCUAUACGUUUUACUUUCUCACGGUUCUUGGAUUGAUUGUUCUCCGGAUCCGCGAACCAUACCUGGAGCGUCCGUACAAAACGUGGAUUUCGACUCCGAUCAUCUUCUGCUGUGUCAGCCUCUUCCUUCUCAGCCGCGCUGUCAUUGCCGAACCUUUGCAGACGUUGAUUGUCGUGGCGUUCAUCAUCGCCGGGGUGCCGGUGUAUUUCUGGCGCAUUUACCAACGGGACGGCCGAUUGUCGCUCCCCAGUUGGAAAUUCUGGCAGCGAUGA